UUCUUGGAGUAAUUACAGAAGUUCUUUCGGCUUAGUCUAACUGUUUGUGUGAUUCGAAAUAACUAAUUCCAUUGAUUCGGAUUUAGUUUAAAAUUACCAAAUCAUUAAUUACACAAAUAAUAAUAAUAAUAAUAUAAAUAAAAAUUCUUGGAUACGAAGUGAUGUAAGGAAAAUAAUCCAUGGUUUGAGAUAAAAUCAUUGCAUGCACAACAUGCAUUCACAUUGUCCGUACACAGCCUCAGUUUAGUAUUGUUAGCCCAUAUAUAUCUCCAUUCUUUCUAAGCCAAACUCUCUUCUCUCUCUCUCUCUCUCCACUCAGACGUUGAUUUCUGGGAAAAAUUCUUAAUCAUCAAUGAGAAAAGAGAGUCGAAGAUCAAGUUGUCAAAAAUGACUCAACUGGAAGCUAAUACACCCUUGGUUCCACCAUCUGAACGAAAGCUCCCUGAUUUCAAAGGAUCAGUGAAGUUGAAGUAUGUGAAGCUUGGAUAUCAUUACCUCAUAACACAUGGAAUGUAUCUAUGUUUGUCUCCUCUGGUAGUGGUGGUUGCAGCUCAAUUGUCUACAUUUUCGCGCCAGGACCUUUCUAUUCUUUGGGAGCAUCUCAGAUUCAAUCUUUUAUCUGUGAUCGUUUGCUCCACUUUGUUGGUCUUUUUGUUGACUGUUUAUUUCCUUAGACGUCCUCGCUCUGUGUACCUGGUGAAUUUCUCCUGUUAUAAGCCUGAUGAUGAGAGGAAAUGCACUAGGAAGAUUUUUGUGGAGAGAUCAGGGCUGACUGGUACGUUUACUAAAGAAAAUCUUGAGUUCCAACGGAAAAUUCUUGAAAGAUCAGGCCUUGGUGAGUCGACUUAUCUCCCUGAGGCUGUACUAAGAGUACCGCCAAAUCCCUGCAUGGCUGAAGCAAGAAAGGAAGCUGAAACCGUAAUGUUUGGUGCAAUUGAUCAGCUUCUUGCCAAAACCUCUCUGAAACCGAAAGACAUAGGGAUUUUGAUCGUGAAUUGCAGUCUUUUCAAUCCCACACCUUCCUUAUCUGCUAUGCUUAUCAACCAUUACAAGCUCAGAGGAAACAUAGUUAGUUACAAUCUGGGUGGAAUGGGUUGUAGUGCUGGUUUAAUCUCGAUCGAUCUUGCUAAAGAUCUUCUACAGGUACACCCCAGCACUUAUGCUCUAGUAAUCAGCAUGGAGAAUAUAACCCUGAAUUGGUAUUUUGGCAAUGAGAGAUCCAUGCUGGUUUCGAAUUGCCUCUUUCGUCUUGGAGGAGUUGCCAUUUUGCUCUCGAAUAAAAGAUCCGAGCGCUGGAGAUCCAAGUACCGAUUAGUCCAUACUGUCAGAACCCACAAAGGUUCUGAUGAUAAAUGUUUCUCCUGCGUCACACAGAUGGAGGAUUCCACCGGGAGAGUUGGAGUUUCUCUGUCGAAGGAUUUGAUGGCAGUUGCUGGUGAUGCCUUAAAGACCAACAUUACGACUUUAGGUCCUCUUGUGCUCCCAGCUUCUGAACAACUGCUUUUCUUUGCCACCUUAGUGGGCAGAAAGCUUUUCAAGAUGAAACUGAAACCUUAUAUCCCGGAUUUCAAACUGGCGUUUGAACAUUUCUGUAUUCAUGCCGGUGGAAGGGCUGUGCUGGAUGAAUUGGAGAAGAACCUUAAGUUGUCGGAGUGGCAUAUGGAGCCUUCAAGAAUGACACUGUAUCGGUUUGGCAAUACCUCAAGCAGCUCUCUCUGGUACGAAUUGGCUUAUUCUGAAGCCAAAGGAAGGAUUAAGAGGGGAGAUAGAAUUUGGCAGAUAGCCUUUGGAUCAGGCUUCAAAUGCAACAGUGCAGUCUGGAAAGCUCUUAGGACAAUAAAUCCAGCCAAGGAGAACCCCUGGAUUGAUGAAAUUGAUCAAUUUCCUGUGGAAGUCCCCAAGUUCUCAGUUAUCUAACACUCUUUGCAGAUUGAGAGAGUAGAGUUUUUAGUCGCCACUUAGAGUUGUAGUUCUAGUUAAUUACAAGCAUGAAAUUAUUUGAGCAGUUCCUCGUACUCUUCUUUAAGUUUUAGGACAGCUUUAUUAUUUACUACUUUGGUCGAAUCUAUGUUCCUGACAUGAAAUUGUUGAAGAGUUGAGCAACUAUUCAUCCAAGGAUGUUUGUUGAGUUUGAAACACCUG